GCCGAUCCGUACCGUGCACUGGAAAAGCGCCAUUAGGACUGCUAUAUAAGCGUGAGGUACGUGCAGUCUCACGUGGAUAUUGUAUUAGACUGCACCCAAGUACGCAUUUAAUGAAUAUGCGCAGAAUCUGCGCAGUGUCUAUGUUCACGAAGCUUCCCAGUCUGUGCUGUUUUAUACAGAUGUGGGAGCCGAAGCUAGCGCUGGUUGUGUUGAUAGUAGCCGUAGUUUAACAUUCAAACGUGUCUUAACUGGAUGUGGCGAGCUUUCCCACAGUAAAGUCUUAGAGAAUACAGUUAAUGAAUGAUUUCUACUAUUACGAGGUAAUGGCGGGGUUUGUUUGUUUUUUUCUUGUCGGAGACCGCAAGCUUCACCUCUCGGGGUAGAACUAGCUUAGCUAUCCGCUAGCCCCAUUUCAGCCGGUCACCGAUUAAACUAGAGUUAGCUUAAAAAAAUAGUGUAUUUAUUUCAGUGACAUUCUGCAGCAAUAACAAACGAAUAUUGUUAACUUCAGUAAAUUAUCAGUUGGAUAACUACAGAGUAAAGCUAUUUAUUAAGUCUGUCUCCGAGGAAAGGAUUAUAGAAGUGGACCGCAGGGGUGUGGACUGGUAUGAGACAAAUAUUUAAGCAGUUAACUAGCCAGCUAGCCAGUGGCUAGCUAAAUAUCUGGCGAGAAGCUAACUGGAGACCUGAACGAUGCUGUCCUCUUUGGGAAUCUGUGAGCAGAACUGCCUGGCAACGGUAAAGGGGCAUGAGCUGAAGGCGGGGCAACGAGAACCUCGACUCCUGUCUCUGCUGGAGAGUUCAGGACAGUUCAUGUUGAGUGUUUUGGCGAAUCCUGAAGCGGUCAUAUCCAGUCCCGUGCCCCAGCUGUCCAUUCCGAUCAAUAGGCAUUUUCACAUAGUACGUGAAGCAGAGGAGGCUCUUCUCAUUGACUUCUCAAUACGCACGACGCUCAGGAUCCGUAUUCGAGGGGAGCAAGCUCCAGAACUCCUGCUGGAGUUACAGGACGAUGACCGCAGUCAGACUUUUUUCCAGCAAGUGAUGAAGGCUAAGCACCAAGUUGAAGGAAAAAGUUCACCGCCGAAGAAGAUGGAGCCUGUUGUUCCUGCCCCACCUAAAGGCUCUGUCCCAAUCCCCCCUCAGAGAAGCACCUCCAAAGCAUCAAGCAGUUCCUCCAGGCCCAUGCUACAAAGCAAUACCAACAGUAGCACUCCAGGAAAGCCUUUAACCUCUGAUUCUGUAGACUCUCCAUACCUGGUGACAGACUUGGGUUUUGAGGAUCAUUUCAACCAUGGUUUAAAAGUAGAGGAAAAGAAGAAUAGACAAAAUCGGAUAGUUGCCCCAAGAGAAGCCCCUCCACCUCCUACACCUCCCCUUCCUCCUCGGAAAGGCAGUUACACCCCCUCUGUUGCCCCUGCUGCAGGCCUACCUCCUAAAGAUAGACCUCCUCAAAUACAAAUGGCCACACCUGUCAGGCAAGAGUUUAAUCACUAUACAGACCGCUCCAACUCUUGGUCUAACAGUCCAACUACGCACACCAUUAGGCAGGCUAUGUUAAGUAGCCAGACAGGCCAGAGAGAGGGCCUUCUCAAAUACCGGUUGGGCAAGAAGGAGAAGGAGUAUGUGGACAUCCAGAACUUUAGGUUUUUUGCAGGCACGUGGAAUGUGAAUGGUCAGUCUCCUGAUAGUAGGCUGGAACCCUGGCUGUGUUGUGACCCUGAACCUCCUGAUGUGUAUGCAGUGGGGUUUCAAGAAUUGGAUUUGAGUACAGAAGCAUUAUUGUACAUGGAUUCAUCCAGACAGCAUCUGUGGGUUGAUGCAGUGGAGCGGAGUCUUCAUUCCAAAGCCAAAUAUAGACAGGUACGCCUUGUUCGGUUAGUUGGUAUGAUGCUGGUGGUGUUUGUCAAGAAGGAGCACAAAAACCACAUCAGUGAAAUUGCUGCUGAGACUGUUGGAACUGGCCUAAUGAACAAAAUGGGAAAUAAAGGAGGUGUGGCGGUGCGGUUUGUGUUUUACAACACCAGCUUUUGCAUUGUAAACUCCCACCUGGCAGCCCAUGUCGAAGACUUUGAGCGACGAAACCAGGACUAUAAGGAGAUCUGUGCCCGCAUGAGCUUUCACCUCAUGGAGCAUCCACCUCUCAGUAUAGUCAAACAUGAUGUGGUAAUUUGGUUGGGAGAUCUGAACUACAGACUGUUUUUAAAUGACGCAGCUGAUGUAAAGAGGCUCAUUGCUAAUAAUGAGUUGCAGAAGCUCCAGGAGUACGAUCAGCUGAACAUCCAGAGGGAGACUAAACGUGCCUUCACUGACUUUAUGGAAGGAGAAAUCCAUUUUAUCCCCACUUACAAAUUUGAUGCAAAAUCAGACCGGUGGGACUCAAGUGGCAAAUGUCGGGUUCCUGCCUGGUGCGACCGUAUUUUAUGGAGAGGUAAUAAUGUCAGGCAGUUGUGCUACCGCAGCCAUAUGGAGCUGCAGACCAGUGACCACAAACCUGUCAGCUCUGUUUUUAGCAUCGGGGUGAAGAUGAUAAAUGAGCAGCGUUAUAAGAAGGUAUUUGAGGAACUAGUUCGUGAUAUGGAUAGGUUGGAGAAUGACUUUCUACCCUCUUUGUCACUGACUCAAAGAGAGUUCCACUUUGAGAAUGUGAAGUUUCGCCAGCUACAGAAGCAGAAUUUUCUUAUUACCAAUGAUGGCCAAGUGCCCUGUACAUUUGCCUUCAUCCCCAAACUCACAGACUCUCAGUAUUGCAAACCCUGGUUACGAGCGGAUCCCAACGAUGGUGUUCUUGACCCUAAUGAGACCAUGGAAAUAUCCUUGGAGGUGUAUGUGAGUAAAGACUCAGUAACUAUGCUCAACUCAGGAGAGGAUCAAAUUGAUGACAUCUUGGUGUUGCACUUGGACCGAGGGAAAGAUUAUUUCAUCACCGUGUCGGGGAACUACCUGCCCAGCUGUUUUGGAACCUCUCUGGAGACGCUGUGUCGUAUGAAGAAACCCAUCCGUGAAAUUCCCAUCACUAAGCUCAUCGACUUGGGAGAAGAUAGCUACACGGAGAAGGAGAAAUCCAAGAUGAACUUCCUGUUGGACAAUAGCAACACAGAGGACAAACCAUUAAAGAUCCCCAAGGAGAUCUGGCUGCUUGUCAACCAUCUUUUCACCAAGGCCUGUCACCAGGAGGACCUUUUCCAGACCCCUGGCCUGCAAGACGAGUUGCAGAGUAUCAUCGACUGUUUGGAUACCAGUAUUCCUGACUCCAUUCCUGGCAGCAACCAUUCAGUAGCCGAAGCACUGCUGAUCUUCUUGGAGGCUCUGCCUGAGCCCGUGGUGUGUUAUGAACUCUAUCAACGCUGUCUCGAAUGCUCACAUGACACUCGUCUCUGUAAACAGUUAAUAUCACAGCUCCCCAGAGCACACCGCAACGUGUUCCGUUACCUAAUGGCCUUCUUGAAGGAGCUGCUGAAGCAUGCGAUCGACAACAACCUCACUGCCAACCUCAUAGCUACCCUCUUUGCAAGCCUUCUCAUCAGGCCUCCACCAAAACUUUCAAGCAGACAGACCUCAAACGAUAGGCAGAGGGCCAAUGAUUUCAUCUUAGGCUUCCUAAUGGGCAGUGAUGAAGACUGAGGAGCUCCUCAGAGAUCACGGGUCAUAAACGCUCAUCCAGGUGCAGGUGGUGCCCUAGUGAUGGCAGAGAGUUUAAGUGCGUGUGUGUGUUUGUGCGCUCCUGUAUACGAAUUAUCAUUAGCACUAUCAUACCUAUUUGGAAAAAUGGCAGCAUCUCUUUUGCACAAACGCUGCGAUUGGCUUUAGUAUUCUUUUUGUUUAUUAGAGCAUUCUCCAUUGUUAAAUGAAGCAGUUUCAGGUCGAACUGGUGUCGCUCUGAGAGUUCCGUAUUAUUUGGCCUCGAGGCCUUUAUGAGGAUUUAUGUAUGAACCCCUUUUUUUUUUUUUUUUUUUUUUUUUUUUUUUUUUUUUUUUUUUUUUAAAAGAUGUUUCAAUUUUAUGCCAAAACCAAAAACUGUUAUUUUUGUGUGUGUGUUUGUGUGUAACAUGCAUCAGAAGAGAGCUUGUACACUAAAAUACAAAUAGUAAUGAAACUUUUGACGGAUUUCAACAGUGUUGAGGCACCUUUCAUUUUUUUGCUCCAAUCCAGCUAUCAGUGGACUGUGUGAGUUUACCAUGUAACUAGUGAGAGACUAGUUCCUCUCAGUUUGCUAUUAGUGGGUGGGGUUAUAUUAUUCUUGAAAGGUGACUUUGACACUUGUUUGCCUUUUGAAGCAAGGCUUUCUGUGGCAGUGAACCUGAGUCACAGUGGUGUUUAUCCGUUGUAGUGUAAACAUUUAUUUAUAUAUUAUAUGUUCUUUUGCUAUAUCUGUCGUUUUCUCUACCAGUCAACACUGGGGAUUUCUCAAAGCUCAGUCAGAUUCCCUCUUCAGUCAUAUACAUGGGAAUUUUGUUUUAGACCCACCUGUCCCGGUUCAUCAUGUUUAAUUGUCAGUGCCGCUUUAAUGCUGUAUUUCAGCAUUUUCUGGACAGUGCUGCUAAAGUGCUAUUAAACAUUGUGACAGUGAGCGUGGAUCUUCACACUGUGGUUCAGCAGAACACUACACUCCAGAGUGCUGUGGUGUAUAGCUGUUGACAAAUGUUCCGCAUGUUUCUGAUGGUUUAUUCGAAAUCCAGCUAUGCGCUUUCUGGUUUUCAAAGUCAUGUCUACUUGAUGUCUUACCUGAUGUAAUUAUGUACUCUUGUUAAUUAAUGGGUGUUUUCUGCAUUGUCUUCACUUUUAACGCUGGUGCAAAAUGUCUCUGCUUUUCUUCUGUUGAUACUGUGUGUGCAGUAACCUAAACCAUGCAUAACAAUCAUUACUACAUAACAAUCAUUAGGGGGAAGUUUCCUUUUUUCUUUUGUGCCCUAAAUAGAAACGUUCACACCCUAAUAGCUUUUAGGGGCAUUGCUUGAUCAUUUACAUAUACUGUAGAUAUAGUUCACGAAUCCAUAUAAGCUACUAUCUUUAUCAAGCCCUUUUUCUGUAUUUCAGUCCAUACUAAAAACCUGCAUUUAGGUUUGUCAUGAAAUAUUGUUUACAAAUAUAGCUCCUAAUCAUGCAUACUGUUAGUGUCCUAACCAGAAGUUUACUGAAUCAGUGCAUAAUUACGUUUUAAAGAUGACGAGGAAAUUAGGAGAACUUCUUUGACUUUACUUAUAUAUACACACUUGGUGUAGUUUGGUUAGACAUUGGGUUUGUCCUGUGCUGUCACAUUUACAGAUUACAGGUCAGAAUUUAUGCAACAUUGCAAAGUCAGAGUAUUCUGUCAUUUCACAUAAGUAGAAACCAACUUGAAUAGUUAAACCUGUUCUCCCUUAAUUUAACCAUGCAAGACACUUGUGGUAUGCCAGCUAUGUUAAGAACAGGAAACUCGGCAUUGAAAAUACAUCACUGAUAUUAUCAAACUGAUAUUAUUAGAGGUGAAACUUUGUCUUUUCACCCUACUUGUAUCCACGGCUCAAAUUUCCCUGAAGUCUUAAAUGAAUUUACUAUAAAAGUCGAGUAUCCGCUAUUGCUGUCUUCAAAGGCUCUUAUCAUUACACUGUAAAAAUUAGCAUGGCCUAAUGCAACUAGAUUAUCUGCUCUCACAUUCAGCUACUUCAGACACAGACAUGCUGAUCUCUGCUAUCUGACCAAUUGUCCAUGUCUGGCAUUUUUAUAAAACUGUGUCUGUGGGUAGAUUUAGUCACUCACAACACUAGGCCUCUUCUUUUGUAACUUCCUCUAAAAACAGCAGUCAUAAGUAGAUUCCUGGAAAGGGCCCAGCACUCAGCUUCUGCUUUCCUCAAAAAAUUCCUCAGAUUUGCGUGCAUUGAAGUCUCGGGAAGGAGACGCUCUAGUGCUCAGUGAUCUGAGAUUUUAGAUGAAAAGUUCAUUAGAUGGAAGGCUGCUUGCUUCUAUGAUGUCUCCAUUCAUCUUCAUCAAGCUCUCUGGGAAAAUAUACUUGGAGGUGUACUGCCUUGUAUUGUCCCUUGUCUUGCAUUCUGUUUCUGUUGUCAUGCAUUGGGUUCUGCACUGGUUUGUCUUGUAAUUUUGGUACAUAUGCAACUGAACACUUGCACAUCCUUCAGUUUUCUCCUCUUUUUUUGGUACUUUUAACUUAUUUAAUGGAAAUAAAAUACUGAAACUUAA